UUAUAAGUUAUUAAGAUCUAAUUCAUAUCAUAAUUAUUUUACUAUAUCAAAGAAAAUUGAUUGUAUGCACUUGUUUACAUCUAUGAUUUAAAAUGUGAAUUAAAUCUUUGGAAGAAAAAAAAAAGAAGAGAAUAUCAUUCAUUAAUUCAAUGAAAUCCUAGAAUACUACUAAUAUGAUUAAACAGUUACUAUGGGGAAUAUAUACAUGAUCUUGAAUGUAAUAAACAUUUAGUUCCUUAUUUAUUUAUUUUUUUAGCCAAAAAAAUUAUUGAUUUAUUUUUUUUUUUGUUGGUAUUUAUUGUGAAAUUUUCUAUACAAAAAAAAAGAAAAAAAAAGAGAAAAAUUCAUCAAUAAUAUAUGUUUAUUUAUUUACAAAAUUGGAAUAUAUUUAUAUAAAUAGUUACUAUCCAAAUUAAUUUUUUUUAUAAAAAAUUUCAAAUGAUAUCUAAUCAGUUACUAUCUGAAAAAUCAAUAUUCAUAUUUACCUUAUUGAUUAUUAUUCAAUUUACUAAUUUAAUUGCCAUGGCUACAAAUGAAACAAAUAAAAAUGAUUCAAUUGAUUACAUAAUCAUUAAUAAUCAUAAUAAUUCAUCAUCAGAUAAAAUGUUAUUAGAAAUUUAUACAACAUGGAUUGAUUUUGCUAAACAUUUUGUACCUACAGCAUUAUUUGUUGAUCGUUAUGUAACAAUAAUUUAUUAUAUAUUAGGUUUCCCUGGUAACUUUAUUUCAUUAAUUAUAUGGUCUAAUAAAAAAAUGAUUAAAGAAAAUUCUGCUGCUGUUUAUUUAGCUGCAUUAUCAUUAAAUGAUAUUAUUGUAUUAAUAUUUGCAUUAAAUAGAGAUUUAUCACGUGUAUGGCAAAUACGUGAAUAUUUAUUACCUGGUUCAUGUGAAAUACAAAAUAUUUUAUCACCAGCUGUACAAUAUGCAUCACCAUUAUUUGUAUUAUCAUUUACUAUUGAAAGAUGGUUAGCUAUAUGUAAACCAUUUUAUAUUGAUCGUAUAUGUAGUUCAAAAAGAGCUAUAUAUAUAUGUAUAUUAAUUAUUUGUAGUACUAUAUUAGUAUGUUCUGGUUAUGCAUAUAUCUUUAUAACUGAUAUUAAUACAUGUAGUAAACGACAUAUUAAUCCAUUAAUAAUAAGUGUAUAUUUAUCAUGUUUAGAAGCUGUAUUCUCUGGUAUUGUACCAUUAUUAGUAUUAUUAUUUAAUUGUUUAGUUAUUAAAGAAUUAGCUAAAGUUCAUCAUGCUAAUAAACAAUUAACUAUGAUAUCAAAUCAUUUAUCAUUAUCAUUAACAUCAUCGUCGACAUACUGUUCAACAUCUCAAUCAAAUACAAUCCCCAAGGGAAACUUAUCAAGAUCUUCAUAUAUUAAUCAUAAUAAUAAUAAUAAUAAUAAUAAUCAAUGUAAAAAUAAAAUAAAAAAAUAUUUUAAAAAUAUUUUUCCUAAAAAAAUUUCUACAAAUACAAUAAAAAAAUCUUCAAAAAAAAUCAAUAAAACAAUAAUCAAUAAAAAUUCAUUAAAUCAUUCAAUAAUAAAUGAUACAUCUUCAUUGAAUUUAAUUGAACAAUAUAAUUUAUUAAAUGAAAAUAAUAAAUUAUUAAUGAAUGGACAAUCAAAUAUUACUAAUACUACUAAUAAUACUACUUAUAAUAAUAAUGAUAAUAAUGAAUUAAUGAAUAUAAAUUAUAAUGAUUCAUAUAAAAUAAUAAAUAAUAAACGUAAUAAUCCAAGUUUUAAAUCAACAACAUUAAUGUUAUUAACUGUUAGCUUUUAUACUAUUUUAACAACAUUACUUGGUGGUCUUGUUUAUUUAAUACAUCAAACACAAGAAGAACCAAAUAUGAAUGCAACUGAAAAAGAAGCUUUAAAAGAUCCUGUAUGGAAUCAAUAUUUUAAAAUGAUUACUAUUAAAGCAUUCGGUGAUGAAAUUGCUUUAUCACAUUAUGCAUUUAGUUUUAUAAUAUAUUAUGCAACUGGAUGUAAUUUUCGUCAACGUGUACAUCAAUUAUGUAAAAAUUUGUUAUAUAAAUUAGGUUGUCGAUGUAAUACAUUAAUGAAACUUGGUAUUAAUGAACAUAGUGAUAAUAUACCAUCCAUUACACGUCGUUCACAUAAUCGUUUAUUAACUACUACUACUACUACUACUACUACUACUACUGCUAAUAAUAAUAAUAAUAAUAAUAAUAAUAAUAAUAAUAGACAAAAUGAUACAGAUUCUACACCUCAUAUAUCACAUCAUCGUCAAUCACGAAAAUUAUUAGUCCACAAAAGUCCAAUGGAAGUUGAUCAAUCUUUAAAAUCAGCCAGGAAUAAAUAAGACAUCUUCAGGAGAUAAUGCAACAACAACAACAAAUAAAAGUAUUCAACGUCUUGGCAUAAUUCCUUAAUGUAAUACAUCAAAUGGAUGUUAUUAAUUUUUUAAUAUACACGAAUUAAAAAUUGGACUUCAAAGAUUAAAAAAUAACCGUUCACAGAUUUCGACGCCAUCAAACACGGAACAAUAAUGAAAACCUUAUCUUAUUCUAACAAUAUAUUAUAUUAAAUCUAAUCUAAUUGUCUAUUAUAACAGAAAAAAUAACCAAUAAUGAAAGUACCAUGGAAAUGAUAUUAUUUUUUGUUUUAAAGAAAAGAAAAAAAUUGUUCCCCCCUUAUCUCUUUCGAUACUCUCUUCGAUUUUUUUUCUUUUUUUUUUUUAAAAAUUUCUUUUUGUUUUGAUAUAAGAUUAAAUUAUUUUGAGUUGUGG